AUGAUUGUCACCGGGACAUUCGAGGAAAAGUCGUCAGAUUUAAGGGGUCUGGAUGGAUUCCUACAGUUCUGCCUAGUCUGGCAGCCAGAAAAGCGAUUGAAUCUGCCACGCAACGCUUCUGCUCCCUGCACUCUGGGGAUUUGCGUUCAAAGUUCCUUGAAAAACCAAAAUUGCAUUAACUUCAGGCAUGGCCUUACUGAUAUCGGAGAUGGCAUGAGGAGGGGAUCUUUGCUUGACUACCUCGACGACUGUACCGGCCGCGUCUCUCAGACUCAAGCUGACCCCUACAAAUUGGAGAUCCAGACGUGGAGCUGGAGACCUACAGCAGAGCGCAGAGCAAAAGAGGAGAGUAAACAUCUCACACGACUGCGCGUAUUCAAGGAGCUCGUUAAUCAUCUCCUGAAUCGAGCCGCAUCCUUCGACACCCCCGGUCUCGCUUGUCCUGAGGCUUAUCACCAUUCUUCUCAUCUAGUUUCCGACACAGUUGGCAUAAAGCAGGAACUGACACCAAUUUUUGAGAAUUUUCGACGCCAACUAGAAGAUGUGGAUGCCAAAGGAGAUACGUACUUAUAUGACGCGAUUGACACUGCAAGAAGCACAUUGGUAGAUUAUCGGAAGGAUUUUCCUAGCCUCCGAAAGCGAAUUAUAGUUCUUUCUGAUGGUGAUGACAAUAAAUCCGUCUCUACCGCCAGGGACGUGGCUAUUGCCCUACAAAAAGAUCAAGUGGUUGUAGAUUCCAUUCAAGUUGGUAUAUGCAGCAAUACUACCCUCCACGCGAUAUCAGUCACCACUAAUGGCUAUCGAUUUGCACCACAGUCAUCACUUGGCGACGCUCUCAGCAUCUUUGACCUUGAGACAAUGCUCUCAUCCAUAGAGCGAUCACCAAAGACUGCACCUCCUCAGAUACAUGGUAUCUGGGACUGGAACGUUCUGGGGAAUUUUUCACUGUGCCCCAUCGACGUAGUCACCAUUGAUUGCUUCCCCAAACAAGCAGAUCAUUCGAAGCUGAAUGAGAAUGUUCAACAAGCCUCAAAGUCUAUGCACUUGAAGGAAAUCGUAAGAGGCCCUCAUACGAAUAUUGAUGUUUAUGUGAACGGAAGCGACGCCUCAUUCUUCAAGCUCAUACUCGAGGUAUCAAAGGAUACCGAAAACUGUGUAUACGCCGGAGGAACCUUCCUUUUGACAUGGAGCGAAGACGGUGGAUCGUUCGCCUUGCACGCUACUAAUGCAAUCCGAAACCAUGCCUCAAAGACAUGAGAGGGGUGGAAGACAAAAUUGUCAAACGAUAUCGAAGAAGACAC